AUGUCCAGAAGUACUAGUAGCAAUGGUGCUGACACGUACACGAAAAAGUUGUAUUUUGAUCCUAAAGCGGACGAGCCGAAGGGAGACGGCUAUUGGAUAACAGAUGAAGAACUACGUGACAAACUUUCGAAUCUGGUGGACGUGUCGGAGAAUAUUGACGAAGUGAUGCAUUACAGCAAUCCGCUUUACUCGUGGCAAGUGUCCAACGCUAUGUUCCAUCACGCUUUCAUCGUAUUCCAAACGGAGAAUUGGUGGUGGUCCAUCGAGAAAAACAACGAAGGCGUCACAAUCCAGCGCUCCAAAAAGCUGGAAAGUGUUCGUGAUAUGUACAGGAGGGUGAAGCGUACAACGGGGAUAACUUCCUUGACAGACAUAAUUUUGGUAAAGAAAUCCAGCGGAUGCACGAAAAUAAAGGAGCUCAUCAAUUACCUCUGGAGGAAAGAUUACUUGAAUCAAGAAUACGGUGUUCUUUCCUACAACUGCCAGCACUUUGCCGAUUUAAUUUUCAAGCGGAUAGCGGAGUCGAAAAAUUUACAGUUGGAUGUUUACUUUGACUCGGCAGCUGAUCAACCAUCGGGAACAAGCGGGGCGGGAUUCAUCACUGUCGACGAACUUCUCAGCCGUGUUCAUGAUUUGAGCUCUUCUGAUGAGAUUCUAGUUAAAAUUGAAAUUUACAAGGCACCAAUAAACUCUUGGCAGAUGAUGGAUAUUUUAAUGUAUCACCUUUUCAUAGUUUUCCAAACGAAUGAGGGCACAUACUGGUCUAUUGAGCGGUGGCCAACUCGUUUUGCGAUGCAGCGAGCUAAAAAUAAAGUUGUUCUAGUGAGUGAGUGCGAACGAAACACUCGGCCAGGAAACUGGUUUACUCCGGUUAGGAUAUACCAAUCGGCACAUGCCAAAAGGAUGCCGCUGAGUGCAGUCAUGGACUUUAUUUGGAAAAAGGAUAAAUUAAAUGAUGUUUACGACCCCAUAAGUAACAACAGCAAACAUUUUGCUACAAGUGUUUAUAAUCAGUUUCAAGACGGAUCCCGAAUUAAAUAAAACUAUAUUUUAUCAUAUUUAAGUGUGACGAUGUAUAUUAAUACCGCGUUCAGAAUGAAAAAUACAACAAACCACAAGAUAUCUGGGUUACGUUCUAAUGUAGCAUAUAACCCUCAAUUGAAUUGAAGAAAAUAAUCUCUUCGUUCUUUCAAUAUAAGGUUCGCUUCUCCGCUGUCUCCUUCAGAAUUGUUUGGCGUCUUUGAAGCAUACGGUAUAACACCCGCAUAACACUUAUAUUUAUAUAACUAUACGUUUAUUAUUCAACAUUGCAGAUACAGUACAUCAUGCGCUGUUAAAUUAUUGAUGGGACAAGACGAAAUUUCUUGACAUUAAAAUCCCUUAAAAUCAAAAUUCGUUUUUUUUUUCUUAUAGCCAAAAAGUUAGGCUAUAAUUUCGUUCAAUGAGUCUAUCAUACAGGGCUAAUCGCCCAAUCCAUAAUUUUGGUGAUGGGAAUUGGGAACUCGGUUGGAAAGGCAAAGGAAUAUUCACCAAAUUUCAAUUUCUGACAGAGCAUUUUAAUAUUCCACAUUUUCCUGUAAUUUAAGCAACACAGAACCCGGACAGAAACCAUUCACAGCGGAUAUACGUAUGCUUGUAUAUAGCUGCAUAUGUGAAUCUAUUUCCGUACAGAGCUAUAAGUGUAUCAUACCUAUGAUGUUCGUCUUGUAGGGCGGGUUUUCCGAGUGCUAUGGGUAAAAUAUGAGAUUCGCGUAAAACUUAUUUUUACACAAUUUUUGGCCUUGAAAUUCUAUACCUCGUCAAUGACCGACAAGUUGCAACUUUUUACCAUUAUACGCUUCUCCGGGCUUUCCUUGUAUAUUUGAUCGGACAGCACAGAACUAUUAGGGUAUAUUAAAAGUAGCCUACUUUUGUCUAUAGUAAUCAGCAGGUGUAUUUUAUUGGCAUUUCCAUCAAUCAAACAAAUACAUAUUUGGCUGUUAUGGAUAUUGGGUCGACAUGUUUGCGUUUCAAUGGAUCAGAGACAAUUAACUGUUUUAGAGACAUACUUUGCUUAAUUGCGAUGCAUACAUUGUUAAUAUUUCUAUGGUUACCUGAGCCUAACACAAGCAGUUAGGGUACCGGUGCGCUGUUUGUUUCCAUUCCUUCAUUCCAGCAAUCAUUCUUACUAGUCAAUAUGGGCAUCUUCUUUAUUAAACCAGCCGUGCUCUCCAUUAUGGUUUUAGUAGUGCGUUAACAGGUACGACUUCUUCGCGAGAGACUUACUGCAAUAUCGCAAGCCGCGGAUUAUAUCAACGCAACGCUCAACGCGUCAAACGCUGGCCGAAAAAAUAGCAGCAAUGGCGUACGUUUCUAAUUCAAAUUGACGAAGAUCUCGUUCAAUUUUCAGCUGCUGGACUGUUUAAAGUUGUGAUACACCUUGUUCCGGCUUUGGCAGGUGCUACAGUGACGUACAUAAUCAUCCUCCUUCAAACUAAUUCAGACAAGAAAACAAAACAAAAACAAGUUUAUUAAAUAUCGAUGAAGGACGAGCGGUUAUAAUGUAUUUCGGCUCAUUUCCAUCACACCCGAAUUUCCAAUUGGAGCAUAUUCAAAUGUUUUCCAAAAUUUUGGCUUGCUAAGAUGCGUCCUUACAUAAAUACGCAUUAAAUUUUUUCAUUUCUGCUGGUUGUUGGUGACGAAAUCAGUGAAAGUAUUUCUUUAAAUUUGACCAUGGUUCUCGAGACCGCUCGAGACUAAUUUAAAUGCGCUUAUUCCAUAUUGAGGAUCGCCAAGGUGCGCAGCAAACUAACGAGAUGGAAUCAGUUGCGAAAUCAUUGAUUGCGCAAUGAGCGCGACGAAAGACGGGCGAAGAUGAUGAAGGUAGUUCUUUUCAAGGAAGUAAAUUCAGACCAACGCCCUGAUUGCUAACGUAUAUAUAAGCCUGCAAUCAAUUGCAGAAUUGUGUGUUGUGCUAACCAAGUUUCCAUUCUUAACACAAACAAUAUGCGUGUCCUCGUCGUUUUCACUUUGCUUAUUGUCGCCUCCGCAUCGGCAGCACCCGCUUCCGCCGGUAGUCUGACUCAUUUACUGGGAAUGGAAUCCGCCUACAAACCUCUUCAAGUUGCAUACCGGUGGUACGACUUCACCAAUCCUAGAUCGCCUCUCCGAUUCUUUCAUUCUGCGGAAUCCGCGGAAUCACGGGAACUGUACUUCGACGGACAAAAGCUGAUAACAAAAGAAGAGAAAAUGAAGUACGUCCUUGCCCUCCUUCACGGCCUUCGUCCCAAUCCGAUUUUCUAGGCUACUCCGGCACGCCCAGCAUAACCUUUUUCUCAUAAAAGUGAAUAAGGUUGAUAAGCAAAUCAGAACAGCCUCUUUGUUCCCAUCUCAGAUCCAUUUCCCGUUUCUGUGUGUUAAUGCAGAGCUGUCAAAUGAUGGAAACCAUUCAUGUCUUAUUGUCUUGAAAUGAAAAUAAAAAUCCCAUUUACAUCA